UGGCGCCAGUUUGGUGCAAUCGUGUCCACUUUUGGUACUAAAAUAUUGAAUUCCAUCCUCUGCUAUCACCCAAAACGACAUCAGUUCAAAAAGUUGCGUGCAUUUAAAGACAAAAAUUAUGUUCCUGUAGUAGAACGACGAAAUUUCGAAAUCAGUUUUAGACUUCUAAUUCUAAUUUACACUUCAUAUUAAUCGAAAGACCCUACUUCCAUUAAAACAUGGAUGGAAGAAAAAUGUCAACAUCGGGGGAUACCCUGUACCAAAUUUUGGAGAUUCCAAAAACUGCCACAUGUGAGGAUAUUAAGAAGACUUAUAGAAAAUUAGCAUUAAAAUAUCAUCCUGAUAAAAACCCAAAUAAUCCAGAAGCUGCUGAGAAGUUUAAAGAAAUAAAUAGAGCACAUGCUAUAUUAACAGAUUUGUCGAAACGUAACAUAUAUGACAAUUAUGGAUCCCUUGGAUUGUAUGUUGCUGAACAAUUAGGUGAAACAAGUGUUAAUACCUGCUUCUACACUACUCCUACCUGGUGCAAGGCACUUUUAAUAUUGUGUGGUCUGUUGACUGCAUGUUAUUUUUGCUGUUUCUGCUGUUGCUGUUGUUGCUGCAACUUCUGUUUCGGUAGAUGCAAACCGAUACCACCAGAGAAUAGUGGAGUAUACCAUAACCUUCAGCGGGACCUGAAUCCAGAUGGUGAUGUCGUGACGAUUCAACCGAGAAGCGUGGCCAAGGAGGAAGAAAGCGAUGAUGACGCGAUCACGGCGCAACCCCAGGGUGCCCCGCAGAACAGUUCUUCGAACCAGUCGAUCUUCGCCAUGCCGCCACCGAACGCGACCGCCGACGAGAACACGAACUUGAACAGCGGCGCCGAGAAAGUUAUUUACACGACCGCCGCAUCUACAAAUCCUUUCAUUGGCGCAAACGCUGGCGCACCCGCCACAGGCCUUACAAAGUGGUAGUCACGGAAAAUUGAGAGUAUAGUACACAUAUGAACGUGAGAAGAUCUUGUUGCGUAAUUAUUGGCCAGGUGGAUUUUUGCUUGCACCUGCUAUGAGCUGUCUAACGGUGUCCUCUCGUUGGAGAACGUGUCAUAAAAUCGUCUCGCCUCUCGAAUCGAAGUCAGGAAACGUUUUAUGAUAUUUUUAGGCUUGGCAAGAUUUACAGUCCAAUAAGACGUUUCUCGCAAGAAUAUUUUACGUUGUCCAGGAAACGUUAGUAUUUAUUAUUUAUGGACGAUUCAUGAACUCCAAGGAUUGACUGCAAUCAAGCUCGUCAACUUCGACAAUUUUUGUAACCAAAUACAAUUUUCUUUUUUCCAUGCAUUUUGUAGGAUUGUGUUUGUGUAUAUUGUCCAGUUGUAGAAGUUUAGUUUUUUCAUAGUAUUUUUUCAAUGGAUUAUUGACUGGCCCAUUCGAACUAACGAGGAUGUUUGAACGAUGAAAUGAAGUAAAUGUUAAUUAGUCUAGUUUAAACACGAAUGCUGAAUAAACCGAGAAUUCAGCGAGAGAAGGAAUGAAAUUGGGUGAAAUUGAUGUGUACGCACGAAUCCACCAUGUUCACCGCAAUCAGAUGAAGACAAAGUGCGAUGCGAAGGAGCCUCGAAGCAUAUAAGUUUCUCCUUCAAGCACUCUUGAAUAUUCUCGAUGAUAUAAAUAAUACUAUUAUAUUGGAAACUAAUAUUUAACGAUAACCGUUCCGUUUUGUUCGUGCAUGAAAAUAUACAGAAAUCGGUAUGCGUAUGUUUCUAUAUGUAUACAGGGUCGAGCACGUACGGUGCGCCGAGAGAAUGCCGUCAGAAUUGAAAUUGGUAUCGAAGAAUAUUAUUUGACGAAGUUGAAGUACUUGACUCGUUAUUCGUUUCCAAUCGUGUCUUCCAAUAUAAAUUUUCUUCUCCAAUUCGUUCGAAGAUUUCGAAAAAUCAUCUGGUUAACAGAUUAACCCUUUGCGGACGAGGAUUUUUUGAAGUAUACAAAAUCUUUCACAGAGGAAGUUAAAUUGUAUUACACAUCCAGCUCUGAAAUUCCAGCGAAAAAAAAUUAUCCACUAUAAUUAUUACUACUAUGUUAUUUGAACAAUUCAAUAACUUUUUGUAACUUUGUAUUCUGAAUACGAAAACUUGACGACGCCAAAUGACGUCAUUCGUCCGUAAAGGAUUAAAUGAUACAGUGUUAUUAAGAGUAGGUUUAAGAGUAUGAUUAACGAACUGUUGCAAAGAAUAAUUGCUUAGCCUGAGAAAGUUGCAAAAGAAAAUGUCUGUUUUCAUACUUUUUCAUUAUACAUAGAUCGGAUCAUUAUCCAUGAAUUGGUAAUUUUAUUUGAAUCACUGUAUGAAAUAUUCUAUAUAAAUUCUGUAAUUAAAGUCGUUUUCGACGGUUGCUUUCAUAUUAAUAAAUUAGCUUCUCGUUGAACAAAAAAUAUUUCUAAAUGUAGAAUAUCACGUGCUGACAUUUUUCUUUGCUGUUUCAGCAAUGUACUUUUACCUUCUUGCAAUGAAACGACAAUGCGAAUGCGUGAGUAGAUGUUGUCACGCUCAAACAAUCUUAUCAGGAGAUAUUUCUGUCGUGUGUUUCAUUAAUUCCACGUUUAUCUUCUCGAGAUCUAUAACUGUUAUAUUAAAUAUCAAACCAAUUGUAACUAAGACACCAAUUACACUCGUACAAUCAGGGUCGUUGAACCCUUAAUCAAUUCGAAGAAUUGUAUAAUCUCUAUUAUUUUUUGCGAGAUUAUUCUAUUUGUAUCUAAAUAAAAUGUAUUAUUCGUUUGUCUUUAAAACAUAAUUAAUAAUAUUAUUCUAUCGAUUAUUUGUCUUCAAAUAUAUUUUCAAAUUUUCACUGGAAAUAUUUUGUUGAACAACGAAUUAAAUCUUUGUAUCAUGAAUCGUAUCGAUACUUUCGGAUCAAUACAAAACUAAAAAAAAAGAACGUAUAUGCUUAAAAAUUCUUUCAACGUACUUCAACUUUGCGUGAUAAUAUUUCUUAUACCAAGAACGUCUUCGGAAAUUCGAAAAUUCGAAUAUUCGAUUACCAAUCGCCACAUGUCUCGCGUAAGUGUCCCAAAAUUAUUUGGCGAAGAAUAGGCUAACAUUUCGGCGAAAACGAAUGGCACAUGAAAGGGUUCUCGGUGUCUUAACACAAAAACUACCGGACGGGUCAAAUUGAUCUACUUCAGAAUUUUUAUUUUGCAAAUAUUUAAUUUAUGAAGACGUUUUUACGAAAGAUUUCUAAUUAAACUUGUGCAUUUAUAUAGAUGCAGGACUAGAAUUCAUAAUUUUUUAUAAUUUUUAUAAAAAAUUGGAAAUAAGUCACCCUAAUUGUUCGGUAGUUAUAAUGUUAAUUAAAUUCUUUAAAAUUAGCGUUUCUUAACCCUUUGCCGUACGAUUACCUUUGCGAUUAAGCUCUACAAGACAAGGUCUUAACACUUUACCGACCAGUAAUUUAACUCGAAAAUUAUUCCUUUAAAGUUUUGAUUCUGUUGAAUCGAUUAAAAUCUCUUUGAAGCGAUUAAAGCAAUUUAAUCUAACUAAUACGAUCUAGAACGUUCUUAUAAAGACCUAUACAUAUUACCUUCAGAUAAGAAUCAAUAAAGUGCAAACGUAACUUAAUUUGUGAACGGUUCGAGUCGUAGAAAUACGUUUUAUGUAUCACUUGUUCUUUCUAUAGCAAAAGUAAAAAGAAAGAAUUAUUAAUUACUUGGUAUCACAAUUCUUACGUUACACUAUUAUCUACAGUCCCUAUCAAGAAAUUAGGAUCACCCGUACGUUUUACCAUUUUUCAUCAUUUUCUUCGGUAUCUAUAGUAUUGUAAAUCCAAAGAACAAUUUGAUAAUAAGUUUUUCAUUGGUCACAUUGAAACCGAGAGUUAAACAAAGUAAUUAAGCCUGAAUUAUAAAAAAUUAACAGGGAAAUUACCAGACAGAAGUAUCAGGUAAGUAAGAAACAUUUGUUUUUGAUCUUAUCAAUAGUGGUUCUAAUUUUAGAUCAGGGACUGUAGUUAUUUACGUUACUGAACAGUUUUAUUCGACAUCAAUUAUCUUACAUAAUUAUCGGUAACCACCGUUACAGUCAUGUGUCAACUUGUGACCGGUCAGCAAAGUGUUAAGUAAGUCCUUCAAAAAUGGUGUCUCUCAAUUAUCUUCUCUUCUCCUGUCCUUAGCUAAUAAUUUUGGGCCACUCUGUAUAUGUACUCGCAGCGAAAAGUUUCGAAUGGUUCCGGGAACGAUAAAGGCUUAACGUUGUAUACGAAGCGUUUCACUCGAUUGAUACACAUAUACUCAAAUUUUAUUUUACAUUCUGAAAGAUGUCAGGCGGAUAGAAUGGUCCCGAGGUGAAUCAUUCGUUUGUAUAGUAUAUAAUUAAUUAUCCUCAUUUCCGAUAUCACCUUCUAUUCUGUGAACAUUGUCUUCUGGAUGGAGUUGUUUAGUCUCUAUUAGGAUGAUGUGAAAUUAAUGCACAAUCUAUGAAGAAUUAUUUGUGUCUUUUCGUCAGGACCAGCAUUGUUUUGAUCUAAUUCAAACGAUGGACUCCUGCUAAGAGAAAAAGAAAAACAAAGAUGUUAGUACACGAUCUAUCGUGUAAGUAAGUAGUUGGUUGUGCAAGCCGAACGAUGACGAUGUUAUAUAAAAAGUCAAGACUCCAGUGAGUCUUCGGAUAGAAUAUAAUACUAAUUUACAUGUACAAUUUCAUUAUGUAAAUCCCGAUACCGUAGAGGUGUACUGUUUGACGCACCCUUCCCUGGUUGUAUAUGUUACGCUGUACUAUUAGAUGAGGAAUUCUAGGCUAGGCUGACGGAUUCGGCUGAUCGAUCAGUUUUCGUUUUUCUUAAUCAAUUUUCUAUUGGUUUUAUUGGGUUGAUAUAAUAAUUUUGGUGUUUGUUGUACGUGGCGAACAAACAAAUUUUUUUCUUCGAAAUAAAUAAUUGUUUUUAAACUGUUGCAAUGCGUGUAAAGGACACUUCUUCCUUCAUUUUCACUUAGUGUUUUACUUAGUUAUUUCUUACGAAAAAAUGUGAAAACUUUUGCAUCAAUUCAAUAAUUCAUCAUUUUUGAUACCUUCGAUUAUUAAUUUACUGCUAGGAGAUCACUUGAUGGCUAGGUUGAAGAAUGUGACUGAUUCAUUUUUCUCAGUCUGUUGGCUUUAUUUCGAUCAUGAUUACAUUUUCGAUCUUUAGUUUGCUAUUCGCUGAUACAGUUACACGUAACCAACGAAAACUAUAAAACAAUACUAGAAAAAGCUGUUUUAUUUUGCUAGAUGUCAAAUCAUCUCCUAGCCUAAACACUGUGUCAUAUCACUGAUUUGAACUUUUUCUUUCGAAAAUUACGAUCAAUCUGAGCCAAUCACUAAUUGAGAAGAAAAUGGCGAAUAAGUUCAACAAACAAUCAAAGAUGCGACUGUAUCGAUACAGUUGUGUAAAGAAUUUCACGAUAAAGUGAUAGGUUAAAAAAUGAAUGAACGUAAAUGAUGAAAAUUGUUGAAGGUAGUUGAAUGACACUGGUCUCCAAAUGGUUGCUCUUGUUGAUUUUUUAAAAUUGAAUUUUUCAGCUAAUUGAAAUUUUCACUGUUUAAAUCAUAUUAAUUUAAUUUUUUUUAUUUUCUAUAGUUAAUUCAGUCCUCGACAAAGCUGUAGUUUGGCUCAGUUGUUAGACACCUAGAGUACAACAUUUUCUUCUUUCGUCUUCAUUAAAAAUUUUGAUCGUGUAGUUUUUAUAAUUAUAUAAAAAUAUCAUUGUUAAAUAAUUCUCUUAAUAAGUAUGUAAGAAACAAUUAUAAAAUACUUAAUAAGCACGAAGUACUAGAUAAUUUGCUCAGUUAUAAAAUAUCGGGAAGUUACAUAUGUAACUGGGGAAACAUACAUAUUAUUAAGGGAGCACGUAAUUUCGAAAUGAACGCUGAAUUCCUCAAAAGGCAGUGAUUUAACCUUGAUAAUAUAAAAUGUUUUUUUUUUAAAUGAAUUGAAAUUACUUUCGCCAUGACAGUUAUACACGCAUAGAUGAAUGGCUAUUAUUGUUAUGAAAUUUUCAAAAUUUAUGUUGUGAGUGUAAGUUAGCGUUUUAAGUGCAGCGGU